AGGAUUCCGCGCAAAAGCCGGCUCCCACGGCCGGUCCCCCACUCGCUAACUUGUUGAGCCUCUCUCUCUCCUUCCUCGCCAGGAUAUAUAUAUAUAUAUAUAUAUACACACACAGACAUAUAUAUAUAUCCUCUCUCUCCCUAAUAAAAAAAAGAAAACUACCCUACCCCCAAACCAUCAUCCCCUAAAUAAUCGACAUGACUACGAGGAUCCUACUCCUGUUCUUCCUCCUUCUCUCCUCGUGCACGCGUCCUAGCAGGGGCAACGCAGUUCCCUCCUCGCAGAGGGGCAACGUGCACAACGACCCCCUGGUCGUGGAGACGACCAGCGGCCUCGUGCGCGGUUUCCCCCGCACCGUGUUGGACAAGGAGGUGCACGUGUUCUACGGGAUACCGUUCGCCAAACCCCCGAUCGGCCCCCUCCGUUUCAGGAAACCGUUGCCGAUCGAGCCGUGGCACGGCGUGUUGAACGCGACCGUGUUGCCGAACAGUUGCUACCAGGAGAGAUACGAGUAUUUCCCCGGGUUCCCGGGCGAGGAGAUGUGGAACCCGAACACCAACAUAUCCGAGGACUGUUUGUACCUGAACAUAUGGGUGCCGCAGAAGUAUAGAUUGAGGCACAAGGGAGACGGUUCGCCGGGUGGCAACGGGGGUCCCAGGAACGGUUUGCUCCCUUUACUGGUGUGGAUCUACGGGGGUGGGUUCAUGAGCGGCACGGCAACCCUGGACGUGUACAACGCGGACAUAAUGGCGGCUACGAGCAACGUUAUAAUAGCAUCGAUGCAGUACAGGGUGGGCGCGUUCGGUUUCCUCUAUCUGAACAAACACUUCACGAACAGCGAGGAGGCGCCGGGGAACAUGGGUCUUUGGGAUCAGGCGCUCGCGCUUAGAUGGCUGAGGGACAACGCCGAGGCGUUCGGCGGGGAUCCGGAGUUGAUCACGAUAUUCGGCGAGUCGGCGGGGGGCAGCUCCGUCUCCCUGCACCUCAUCUCGCCCGUGACGAGGGGACUGGUGCGCCGCGGCAUACUGCAGAGCGGCACCCUCAACGCUCCCUGGAGUUACAUGAGCGGGGAGAAGGCGAACGAGGUCGCGACGAUACUGGUCGACGAUUGCGGAUGCAACUCGACCAUGCUGAACGAGAACCCGGCCAGGGUGAUGGCGUGUAUGAGGUCCGUGGACGCGAAGACCAUAUCCGUUCAACAGUGGAACAGUUAUUGGGGGAUUCUAGGCUUCCCCUCGGCGCCCACCAUCGACGGUAUCUUCCUUCCCAAGCAUCCUCUCGAUCUGUUGAGGGAGGCGGACUUCAAGGACACAGAGAUACUGAUCGGUAACAACGAGAACGAGGGAAAUUACUUCCUUUACUUCAACGAUAUUUUCGAGAAGAUUUCUUUUCAGUACACGGACUGGGAGGAGGUGUACAACGGGUAUAUUUACCAAAAAAUGGUCGCGGACGUGGUUGGCGACUACUUCUUCAUCUGUCCCUCGAUCCAUUUCGCCCAAUUGUUCGCCGAUCGUGGCAUGAAGGUCUACUACUACUUCUUCACGCAAAGGACGAGCACCAAUCUAUGGGGCGAGUGGAUGGGCGUAUUGCACGGUGACGAGGUUGAGUACGUGUUCGGCCAUCCCCUGAACAAGUCUCUCAAGUACAGCGACAAGGAACGAGACCUGUCAUUGAGGAUGAUACUCUACUUCUCCGAAUUCGCCUAUUUGGGAAAACCAACGAAAGAAGACUCUGAAUGGCCAUCGUAUUCGAGAGACGAACCAAAAUACUUCAUCUUCGAUGCGGAGAAGACUGGACUUGGUAAAGGGCCACGUACCACGUAUUGUGCUUUCUGGAACGAAUUUCUACCAAAGUUGAAAGGAAUACCAGAUCCAGCGCCCAAUACCUGCAAGGUGAUAGCCUCGAGCGUGUCGGCCGGCGAGGGGGGGCUAGGGAAUUCCCUAGCGAUCACGGCGCUGUCGUCGAUCCUUGUCCUGUCGAGAGUGAUUUAAAGUAAGGACGGGGGGGCCGUUUAUCGAUCGAGAGCCUGAAAGCCGGCAACCCGGGGUUCAAAGACGGCAGUCUUGCUUGCACUUGCUGUUAAGGCUGUUUAGUCCAGGAUCUCAGUUUAGCGCGUUUCAUUUCAACGCUCUCUCUGUUAAUCGUCUCUGGAAUCGUCGAUGGAUCCCGGCUACCUUCUUUUCCCUAUCUUUCCCUAUGGUGGUCGUUCAUCACUUCUCUCUUCCUCCUCCUCCUUUCCUUUCUUCCUUCCUCUUCCUCCUCCUCGAAUAGAGAAAAAGUAAAUAAAAUGAAAGGAAGAAAACGAAUAAUAAUAAUAAUAAUAUUAAUAAUAGAUUCGAAGAAAGAGUUUCGACACAGGAAUUAUUCUCGUAACAUCAUAAUCUAACCUAGAAAUCCAAUUAGCGUGGCCAAUCUAAAUUCGUUGGGGAGGGGAGGGAGGUGGAUUCGAAGGAAAAUCCGAGCUUUGUGGCUGGGACUUUCCAAACCACGAUGGAAGAAAGAUCGAUGAAGCGACCGUUGCUCGAUGAAACGAGGACAACAUGCAGUCUGAGCCUCAAGACGACCUUGGGGAAGUACCUUUAUCGAUUACAGGCAAACUGGACCAAAAAUCCCUGAACGAAGGCAUGUGGAGCUGGAAGGAAAGCCAAAGAUUUAAAAUCGAAGUGAAAAAAAAUCUAUGGUAGAUCGUUGAAGGAGAGUUUGUUAUGGGAUUUGUGGAGAAUGGGCUGUCGUUGUGAUGAACGGGAGAUUCGAAUUUGCAUAAAUAAUAGAAUGGAAGGAGAGAGGAGGGGAUGGUUCGAUGGAGGGAGAAGGAGAAGGGAAAAACAGGUGUUGGAAGGGGAAGGGGAGGAGGGAGGCGUAAACAGUGGCCGUCCCGCUAUUAACCACCUGUUCGUGCAAUCGAUGGCCCGUGACACAAAAGUUUCAUUAGUAAAAGCAGCAACAAGUGCGCGAAACGAUUUUACAUAAGAAACUCGGAAAAUCGGAUACGGAUCGAAAAGGAGGAGGAGAGCUACGUUCUUCGAGGGAUUUUUCGCGACGCGAUCGAUAACGAAUCUCGAUUGUAUCGUGCCCUCCCUUGGAGACUGUUUAUACUCUUUUUAAACGGGUUUCGAAAGGAGUUGGACGGAGAUCGAUUCGGCAUCGAGUGAGAUUGCUUUUCGAGAAAGAAAAGAAGUCGUUCGUGGGUUAUUUUUUCGGACAAUCGACACGCCAGAAGUUUCGAAUCGAUUUCUCUUCUCGUGGAACGGGAAUCGUUCGAGAUUGGGAAAGUUUCUUUCGAAAGAGACCGAAAGCCUGUUUUAUCCUCCGAUGGUAAAAAUGAAAAAUUCCAUCUUUUAAAACCUGUGUUUCAGCCUGAAGGUUUUGCGAAGUAAAAAGAAUCAAUGGUAGUUCCAGUUAAAUUAAAUCCCAUCAGUCAAUUUCGAUAUAUACAUAUAUAUAUAUACCAGAAGACAGAAUCAAAGAAAAGUUCCAACAUGGCGGAUGAUCCAACUCGAGAAUCCUAACCUGAAAGAGAGUCCUCCAAGAAGGAAAGAUAAGAAAUCCUUAACUCGAUACGAUAGACGAGCGAUCAAGUGGAGCAUGGAUCAACUGGUAAGGAGGUUUCCAAGCCUCGGAUUCUCGAAACCGAUCGACCAUUGGAAACCGGCUUAAGGAUUCGAUGUACUCGAAAAUUCAACGGGUUAAGUGCAGUCUGAUGUCCUCGUGGUGGCUCGAGAACACUUUCGAACUGAGAGUGCCAUUUGCUCGGCGAAACGAAAAACGAGCAAAGUAAGGUUGAAGAUUGAAGGGGAGAGGGGUAUGAAGAGGAAAGGAUCGUGUCAGUUUCCCGUGGAAUUCACGCUCCGUUGCUUGCCCGUUCCACGGAUGAAAUUGGACAAAACUUGCCUCUCUCGAGCCUUGGAAUCGUUACAAAUAAAUUCUCUGUUUAAAAUAUGGUUCCUGCUCGCCGGAGAUCGCCUCUCUCAAACCUAGUCAAACUUGAUAAACUCGAGGAUAAGGUGUGCAUCAUGUUCCAUGAACUUUAAAAAAAAAAAAAGAGUGCAAAAGAAUUCUCAAAAAGAGUGAUAAUUCUCUCCCCCAAUCUUGAACACGAGUAUCGUUAUGUACAGCCAUAUUGGAUUUGUUCUUCAAGUUUUCUACAAUUGGAAGGAUUAAUAACCGCCAUAGGGGAACAUCUUUUUGUGCAUUGAACGUGUUAAUCUCUCAGAGAGAAUUUCAGAGAUCUAGUUAAUUUAGGAUUUUUGAAAAUUCGAGAUCUUGGUUGAUAAGAUUCUGGAUAAAUGGAACGACGAUUGAAUUUAUAAAACAAGAUUAGACUAAAUGAUAAUCUUGAUGAUCUAAUGGCAUACACGGACGCCAUCUGUCGCCAGAGACGUUAAACGAUGACGACGCCAUAUUGUUGGAACCUCUCUCGAUUCGAUAUUUUAAAUGGAACUCUGAAAGAGUCGGAGAAUGGAAACACGAGUCGCGAAGGCAUUUCCGGGAGAUGAAAAGUGAACAAUUUCAACGACAAACGUCUUUCGAUCGACAAUAAAUCUUCGCUUUGAAAAAAAGAAGAACAACUUUCACGGCCUAAACGAGGGUCUUUCGCUUCUCAUCGAUCUUUGCACCACUUUUUUCUAUCGAUGUCGAAAUUAUUAUCCGCCUCGAGAAUCCGUCUACAACAACUCUUUUUUUCUCGAGAAAGAGAAAUUUCUCAAAAAUCUCUGCUCGAAACUCGACUCAAACUCGUUCUACACCCGAAAUUUGUUAUCUUUCGAUCGCACAAAAUGCUACCCUCAUUCAAUCCUUAACAAAAAAAAUAUAUUACCCGUUCUACACUACAAGGAUGCAAGGAUCCAUAAGGGAGAAAAAAAAAAAGGAAAAGAAAGAAAGAAAGAAAGAAAAUUUGGAAAGCAAGGACCAUCACACGGAUAAAAGAAAGACAAAAACCUUUGAUCUGGACUUUCAAGAUGGGCACAGUUAAAAUGACAAUACAGUCGAUGAAGUAAUCGUAGAUAAAAAUUAAAAAAAAAAAAAAUUGCUAGGAAAAUAUUUCAAAAGAACACUUAAAAAAAAAAAAAAUGGAAAAAAAAUAGAGAGAAACGUAAUGAAGAGUACGUAACGCGCGGUGAGGAAAUAAUCUCGUCGUUUUUUUUUUUUUUUUCUUAAGUAGAAAGACAGGACGGAAAGACGGGAGGGAGAGAAGAAGAUCUCUUGCAAUCCGUUGGGAGAGAGAGAGAGAGAGGAGUCCAGGUCAAACUCGAGCGACUCUCGAGUGGCUGAGCGAAUGUCAAGGGUGCACCGUUGAAAUGGCAGUAUUCAUUAAAGGAAGAUAAAAGAGGAGGGAAAAAAGUGUAAGGAAUUUUAAAUAAGAGAAAGUAAACUGGAAAAAGUAUGGAAAAAUAACGAGGCUUCUUUAUUCGAGUCGAUUUUCUCUACCAUAUGCAGCACGAUUCCUUCCAUCUUCGAACAGACAUUUUAUCGAUCCCUGAAGAACCAGAAGAGGGGAACGUUAACGAAGAAAAAGAAGAAGAAAGAAAGAAAGAAAGAAAAAGAAGAAGAGACGCGGCCACACGAACGAGAAAAUAAAUUCGUUUCAUUUCCAAUUUUUUUUCCUUGCAAAAAAAAAAAAAAAGAAGGGAUAUGGUUAAAGGUUAAAGGAAGGAAGACAGAGACAAAAAAGAGAAGGGUUCGUGCACCCCUGAAACAGACGAGAGGAUAAGGGUUAACGAGAUAAUAGGUAAAGAGGGAGGAAGGAAUACGAUUUUUCAGCUUCGUCACACGGCUGCCAGAUAUUAUUACACACGGAAAAAGAAAAAGAAACCAAAAAAAAAAAAAGAAAACAGAGACACGAAUACAAAGAGAAAGAUAGACACGUCGUAUAUUUAUAUAUAUAUACAUAUACGAAGGCAAAAAAAAAAAAAGAAGGAAAAAUAAAAAAAAAUGGCACCUCGUAAAUGAAAUAAUCUCUCGUACACGCGUUUAAAGAAGAAAAAGAAAAAAAAACCAAGACAAAAUAGAAACUUAAGAGAUGUAUUAUUAAGCAAUGUAAAUAUACAUAUACAUAUUAUGUAUAUAUAUAUAUACAUAUAUAUAUGCAUAUAUACAUACAUAUCGAUCUACGCAUAUAUAUAUAUAUGGAUCCAUAUAUAUACGUGUAUAAUAAACGCAAAAGCUGUAUAUCUUAUUACCGUGUGCCGUCGAGCAAAGUAGAGUAUAAGACGAUUUUAAGGCACCCGUAUAAUUUUUUGCUCCGUGACGUAGAUGUCCGCACAGCGACAUUCUAGAUAACAGUGAUCGAUUAAGAUAAAUAUAUACGUAUGGAUAUAUAUAUAUAUAUAUACACACAUACCGUGUUUAUUAAGAGAGCCAUUCGAUGAUUUCUCCAACAGUCGCAACAGUCGCGAGGACGCGCCGCGAUCGUUUCACGCGAGACGAGUUUGAACGAGUCUCUUAGUGAUACUUUUUCUCCACGAAUUUGAAAUCCAUAUUAUAUCACGAUUCCUGAAACGGAAACGGUGUUGUUACGAUAGAAAGAAUAAGAGAAUCCAUGAUAGACAAAUCGAAACUUAAUUAAAUCUUAAUUAUCUUUUUUUAAACGAAGCUUAUUAAAUUUAUUAAACUGAAAUAUCGUUCGAAAGAAAAAUUAUCGAAUCAUCGAUCGAUAAAGUCGAGUUGAUCUUCUUGAUCCACCUCGAAUCUUAAAAGGUUUUGGAAAAAGCUUCAUCUUUUAAAACGAAGCUUAAACUUACCCUUGAUCGUUAAAAUAUCAUUGGAAAGAAAAAUUAUCGAAUUAUCGAUCGAUAAAGUCGAGCUGAUCUUCUUGAUCCUCGAAUCUUAAAAAAUUUGGAAAAAGCUUCAUCUUUUAAAACGAAGCUUAAACUUACCCUUGAUCGUUAAAAUAUCGUUCGAAAGAAAAAUUAUCGAAUCAUCGAUCGAUAAAGUCGAACUAAUCUUCUUGAUCCACCUCGAAUCUUAAAAAAUUUUGGAAAAAGCUUCAUCUUUUAAAAUGAAGCUUAAACUUAUCCUUGAUCGUUAAAAUAUCAUUGGAAAGAAAAAUUAUCGAUCGAUAAAGUAGAGCUGAUCCAUCUCGAAUCUUAAAAAAUUUUGGAAAAAGCUUCAUCUUUUAAAACGAAGCUUAAACUUACCCUUGAUCGUUAAAAUAUCAUUGGAAAGAAAAAUUAUCGAAUCAUCGAUCGAUAAAGUCGAACUGAUCUUCUUGAUCCACCUCGAAUCUUAAAAAAUUUUGGAAAAAGCUUCAUCUUUUAAAACGAAGCUUAAACUUACCCUUGAUCGUUAAAAUAUCAUUGGAAAGAAAAAUUAUCGAUCGAUAAAGUCGAGCUGAUCCACUUCGAAUCUUAAAAAAUUUUGGAAAAAGCUUCAUUUUUUAAAAUGAAGCUUAAACUUAUCCUUGAUCGUUAAAAUAUCAUUGGAAAGAAAAAUUAUCGAAUCAUCGAUCGAUAAAGUCGAGCUGAUCUUCUUGAUCCUCGAAUCUUAAAAGGUUUGGAAAAAGCUUCAUCUUUUAAAACGAAGCUUAAACUUUGAUCGUUAAAAUAUCAUUGAAAAUAAAAAUUAUCGAAUUAUCGAUCGAGCUGAUCUUCGGAUCCACCUCGAAUCUUAAAAAGUUUUGAAAAAAGCUUUUGAAAGAAAGAAGUAAGGAGCAAGUUUUUCGGGAAAUGUGUUACGAUAUGGUUUUUAACGAGUUAGUUUUCCCAAAGCUUCGAAAGCUUCUCUAGAAAAAUAAAAAAGAAAUGAAAAAAAAAAAGAAGAAGAAGAAGAAAAGAAAAUGUAGAAAAAGAUUCUCUCGAAACGAGCUUAACGAUUGGUGGGUGCGCUGCAUGUGUGCCGAUACUCUCGUGCUGCUCGUCUCGCGGCAAACGGCACGCUGAAACAUGAAUCUUCCAUUUGGUACAUAUCACCUAUAUAAAUAUAUCAUAUAUAUAUAUAUAUAGCGAGAGUUGGUUCUAUCGUUAGAGAUCUUUUUUCAGUAGCUAGAGCAUCGAGCGUUUAAUCACCGUGUGACAUUGCGUGCACAAAUUAAAAAAAAUAGAAAAAAAAGAAGAAAAAAAGAAAACAGAGAGAGAGAGAGAGAGAGAGAGAAUGGAAGAAAAGAGAGAGAUUCUGGUAUUUUAAUUAAAACGAGAGAGAGAGAGAGAGAGAGAAAUAGCAUAAUCAUAUUUUCUACCGAGUUAAUUAUUGUAGAUAGUGAGCCUCAAUCUGUCACUAUUAAUGCUACUACGUCACUCGUUGAUUAAAUUGCAACUUUACAUCACGAAACCAAUUCCUUUUUUUUUUCUUCCCUAUCGAAAACGAACGAAUUAUCAAUCGAUCAAGUUGCGACAAGUAUCGAAUACUAUAAACGAAUCCCCCAGGUGGCUGGUUCACAUAUACCCAUUCCUUGUUCUUUAUUAUUGUUCAGGAAACAAACUGGUAUACAAGAGAUUAUUAUUAUUAUUAGAAGAAGAUACACAGGGUACAACUCGCGAAUCAAAGCUCAAGCCUAGAGAGAAAGAGGCCUAAGGAACAAUUUUUUCGAAGAGACCUAAUCAAAGACCUAACUUUUCUAGAUCUUAACCGGAAAAAAAACUGGAAAACUUUAAGUCGUAGCCUAACUUUAAAAAAAAAAAAGAAAGAAAAAGAAAAAAAAAACGAUCGAAGCGUCUAGCUGUAAUUUUACUUGUGCCUAUUUCAAAACCUAACCUAACAACUGUUCGGGACCUAAUUCUCCACACCUAUCGCGCCUAAGGCUUCUAUUUUUUAUUCGAGGUGAAUAAAUAUAAUAAAUAAUCUCUGUCACGAGUGAUUCGUAGCCUUUUUGGUGACACGAAAUAUAUAUAUAUAUAUAAAAAAAAAAGAUAUACGUUAUUGCUUGACAAGUAUCCAGACAUAUAUUUUCAUUCUAUUUUUUGCCAAUUUUUUGAGGAUUGGAUUGGAAGAAUGUUAUUAUUAAACAAUACUUAUUAAAGUAUGUAUGAUUUUCUUUUUAUCAGAGAGAUUGAAUUGUGUACAAUAAUUGGAUGAAAAGUGUCUUAUUGUCAAAAAUGAUCCAGUGGUCAUCAUAAUGUUCUGAAUUAGUGAAAUUUUAAUUUUAAGGUUAGCAGAUGAAAUGUAAAUUUAAUUUUUUAUUGGUUAAAAAGAUUUUUCUCGAUAUUUUUGUUUACACUGGGUGUCCAAUUGAUCAGUCCAAGAUGUUUCGCAUAAUUUCUCGACACUAACCCCAUCUAGAAAUAUUAUGCCUUUGUUCAAGAUAUAUUUCAUACGUUUCUUGUUUACAUAUUCUCUUGCCAGCCAUCCCCUCAUCUUUACAUAGUACGUGCUUUGUACGAAUUGCGAGGCUCAGUGGAAAAAAUUGUGCAAGUAUAUUUUUCUUUUUUUCACAAAAACAAGAUAAGAGGAAAAUUCUGCACGUAAAGUUCAUAUUUAUCUGGAGGGAAGAAAAAAUGGCGCAAACGUGCUCGAGCGAUAAUAAACAGAAAUCUUGAUGAUAAAUCAGGACUUGAAUUUUUGAAAAUUCCAUGAUUUUGAAUUCCUUUGUUAAUAAAUAUUCGUGUGAAAUUAAUAUAACGUGUUGAGUUCAAUAUAAUGUUUCUUCUUCUCUUAUAGAAACACAUUUUUUAAAAAAAAAUGAAGAAAUUGUUCUGGAUACUUUUCGAGCUGUAACGUGUCUUCGCUAAAAAAAAAAAAAAUUAGACAAAUAAGCGCAAGGACAUAUAUGCUUUUUCGGCGUUCAAACGCACCCUUUUCGUUAAUCCUUUGCCUUAUGAAUCUCUUAGCAAUCAUCAUAAUAUUUGAUCUGAAAUCCGUGGUUCUCAAUCUCGAUUAACAAAUCACUUUUAAUUUAAUUUAAUUUAAAUUAAAAGAAGCGUGAUUCUGAUGGAAAAUGAAAAUUUUCUUUACUCCCUAUUAUUUUAUGAAAACGAGAAGAGGAUAAGUUAUUUGAAUAUUGUAAAAAGAAAGGGAUCCUAAGUUAUUUGAAUAUCGUAAAAAGAAGUCACGCAAACUUAUUUGAAUAUUUUUCCAAAUUUUCUUACGAGAGAAUUGCAAAUUGUUUAAACAUUGAGAAAAGAGAUUACAAAUUAUUCGAAUAUUAAACGAAAAUUAGACUCAAAAAAAAAGUAUUUUAACCAUCUUAAAGAAAGAAGUUACAAAAACUGGAACAAAAUAUUAUUCAAUUUUUCUUCAAUAAUAAUCAAAAAUAAUAAGAAAAAAACUCUGUCUAAAAUUCACACUACACAUAUCAGAUUGUAAUAUGAAAAUAUCAAAAUUCAAGUCAUUAUAUUUACAUUAAAAUUACGUUAAUUAUGGGAUAAACACGUUUGAUACCGAGGCUGUAACAGGCGGAAAAUCAAUUGACAAUUGCUGGCAGCCGAGCUGUCACUCUCUCGACGUUUAUAAGGCAGGGGGUUAACGAUCAAGCACGUCCUCACAUAUCAUUAAUUGAUUACCCAUGCCGUUGAAAACUUAAUGUUAGGAUUAGUGCCUCGGCGAGAGUUGAAACACGCUCGAUCCAUUUCGCGACCUUUAUCCAUAGAAGAGAGGAGGAGCAGCCAGCCAGCCGGUUUUGUCUACGAACAAAUCGAUCAAUCUGUUGAACGAUUAAAGUUAAUUGGAACCGAUUAAGAUCGGUUUCAGUGAAACUGUGUGCUUUUGAAAAAGGAGAAAAUUGAUCGAUUAUUAACUUUUUUGUCUAUUGUCGCGAGAUAUGAUACGAUUAAAAAUUAUAUUCGAUAUUAUUGUUGAAUCGUUGGAAGGGUUCGUAGCAUUUGUGACAAUCGAUGGAGAUUAAGUUUUUUUUUUUUUUUUUUUUUUGUUUCCUUUGAUGGCGAAUAUAUUGAAUAAUUUUUGAACUCUGAUUCUUCCAAUUCGAAUGUUUUUCUUCGAAAUUCUCCGAAAGGAUUUUUCAAAAAAUGAUCGAGAAUUCUCGAAACUUUAUUUCCAAAUUCCUCGAAUUCUUGAAAUUUCUUUCUAUUUUCUAAAAGAUUAUUUAUUAUAAUAUUAUCAAUGGAAUAAAAAUUUAAUAUUUUCAUCGUAGAGAAAAAUAGAGAUUGGAAAAAUUUUUGUUGAAUUUUUUCAAAAAGAAAGGAAAAGGAUUUCUCACUUUCUAAGAAUAUUUAUAUCUCGAAGAGAAGAAUGAAAUUUACAACAAAUUCUACAAAUUCUUCACGCCAUUAGUUACUGCAAAUAUAAAAAACAUCAAAUAUUAUUCUAAAUCCACGAGCUACUAAAAGCUGUACGAAAAUGUCGAUACCAGACGAGAGGAUUAAACAGAUCCUAUUUGUCAAACUUUUCCUCCGUUCCAUCGAGAUCACCCCUCGAUCGUUUCUCUUAUACACACACAGACGAGAGGUGAAAAUGCUCGAUAAAAUUAUUAAUCAUUUGCCGCUCGUGUGGAAAGUUUGGUUACCGAAAUGGGUCAAUAUUUGCGUUUAGACAGUUUGUUCCUGCAGCUCAUAAUAAUAUAAUUGAUCAAUUCGAAACAGUGAACAGUUCUUGGAUCGAUCUUCUUUUUUGGCAAAACGUGAAAUUGAUAUAUAUGAGAACGAAUCUUUUUUUUUUUCAUUCAUUCCUGUCAAAUAUUUGUUUAUAGGAGAAAAAAUUCUCUUCAAUCUUCUUCCUCUAACCUCUUUUUCUUUCCACACUUUUCAAAAGAGAGAAUCUGUGAAGCCGUGUCUACAUUGUACACAAAUAUAUAUAUAUUGUGUGUGUGUGUGUGUGUAUAUAGAAGAAAGUUAUAUGUUAUCCACGAGCCAAUAAAAUGUAAAAAAUAAUGUUUAAAUUUAUGGAAUAAAAAGAAAAAAAUAUGUAUCAUAAUAUCGUGCGUAGAAUUUAGAGAUAGAAUUUAAGGGAUGUGGAGAAUGUGCAAAAUAUUUUAGAAACUCGUUACGAGAACUGUGCUAAGUUUUGGAAACAAAUUUGGUGUAGACACAGCUUUAACAGUCUACCACUGUCUAAUUUGAAUAGGAAAUGAAGGUGUAAGAGUCGCAAUACAUGCGCAUUUUAGAUAGUUGUUUUGGAAACAACAAAGUAUAUUCAGUUGCAAUUAUAACACAAGUGUACAUCUCUGAAAGUUUCAGAGCAAUUAUUGGUUUUCAAACUUGGAGAAAAAUGAGCAAAAAUUAUAACAGUUCAGGAAAGAUGAUAUCAUCAAUUUGGUAAAAGAGAGAGAAAAAGAAGAAAAAGAGUUUUUAAGAUACAUUUUUAAAUAUAAUGUUUCUUUAUUUAUCGAAAUAUCUCUAUAUUUUUCAAUUCUAUAUCAUCUUUCUGAAGAAUGUAUCUUCUUAUUCGAGAUUGAAAUUCAUUAUAUCUCAAUCCUGUUAAAAAAUUUAUUUUUAUCAAACUAUCCUUAAAAUUCUUAAAAGCUUAAAGAGCACAUAAUCUGAAAUUUUUAUGUACCAUAUCUUCCUGUACUAUUUUAAGAUAUUUCAUCUUUUUUUCCAAUUAUUACCUUUUUCGUUUCAAUUCUUUGCUUACAAUUUUCUCUAAAAACAUUACAAAUCUUUCUAUUUCUCGUAAAAAAAAAGGAAAAGAAAAUUCGAAAUUAAUUAAAAUUUCUAGAUCUAUGGAAAAGUUAACAAUUGACCAGAAAAGCAUCAAAGAAAAAUAUUGGCAAAAUUAUAACAAAAAUAUUAUUUAAUAUUUUUAAGUUAAUCUGAAACUUUUCAUACAGUUCUUGGAAAAAGGGGGAUGGAGAAAGAAACGUUGAGCAAAAGCAAGCAACGAAAAUAUUGAGCAAGCCUCUAACAAGAGAACGAUUCACGAAGAGACGAAACGCAUUUCUGACUCGGCCUAAAUCGUUUCAAAGAUUGAAUGAAAAAAAUACAUUUUAAUUUCUAUAUUGUUAAACAAGAACGAAGGGAGGAA